AUGAACGUGGGCGUUGCCGCUCGACCCUCCCCUCCAGACACGAUGCAUCCUUCCGAUCAUUUCGCUCCUAGCCAUCCUUUCGCAGAUCCAUCCGUCUGUCUCGCAGCGCGUCUCUCUCCCCCAGACUGCUUCUCCGCGUCGCUCGGCUCGUCCCCAUCGUCGCGCUGCGGAUCCGAAGCGCUCAAAGCCGCCGCGUGCCGGCCGGCAGGCGGCCUCCAGGAGCGGCCGUCCUUGCUCGGCGCGCAGGGUUUGGAACAGGAGUGGGCGGCUAUUUUCGGAGAAGAUGACGGAGACGACGCCAGGGAUAACGGAGAUUACGAAAAUGACGUGGAUUACGGAUAUCCCGGAAAUGACGGGAAGACGGGAGGUGAGCGUGAGGAGGAAGAUGACGAGGAGGACGUGCCUUGGGAGGCACUCCGCACUUCCUCUCUUUCCCCCGAUUCCCCCUCCGUAUCCCCGCGUUCCUCCUCCGCUGCGCUAGCUGCUGCACUUGCGGCGUCCCGAAAAGCGGAAAGUUUUCGAGAAGAUUUGGAUUCUUCGGACGAGGAGUUCUUAGCGGCUUACUGCCACAUUACCGGUUCCCCUACUCCCCCCGACUGCAGCCCCGCUGCGGGGUCCCCCGUAACCUCCCCCCCUUCCGCAGCUUCCGCGGGUUCCGCCUUCCGCGGGCCCGUCGUCCGCGCGCUGCAGAAGAGUGCGAGCUGUUUGGAGGGGCGGGGGGAGCAGCGCCAAGCGCCAGUACGCGCGCAAGCGGGGAGGGCGCAGGCGCUGGCCAAGCCACAGGAGACGUUGUUGCGCAAGGGCGGAGCGAGCUGCGGAGCUAGCGCCGCAAGGGACGCGCAUGCGAGGGUAAGGGCGCAGGAAGCGGCGGACGUUCCGCAACGUUCCUACACGGCGCCAUCCGGGGGGGGUAAGCCGGCGCCUUUUUCGGCACCCUUUGCGGCGGUUAUUGCGCAUCAAAACCUGGAGAAGCAGAACCUCCACCUGAAGAAACAGCUGCAGCAAGCGCAGCAGCUAAGGACCGCAAUAGGCGGCGGAGUCGGCGGUGGCAGCGGCGGUGGCGGCAGCGGAGUCAGCAGUAGCGGAAGCAGUUGCAGUGGGCUCAGUGGUUCGGACCUUGCGCGGGGAUUGGGAAACGAGUCGGGUGUCAAGCAAGCCGGAGGCGUGGCGGCCGCCGCCGGGCACGGGGCGCGCGCGACGGGGGGAACUGGCGGAGCCUGCUGCGCGCGAUCUCAGGCGCAGCCGGCGAGCGCUGCGCAAGCUAGAUCAAGAAGCAAUGCGGGGCACGCAGACACUCCGGCUGGCGGAGCGGUGUCCGCGGGUGCGCGGAAGCUGUUCGGGUUCGGUUCGCAGUCCCACCGGAUGUUACCGCACGCCGCCACUACCGGCGGAGGCCCCCGCUCGCUCGUCCGCGGGCGUUCGUGGGCGUCGUUGGAGUUCCAGCGGACGCAAGAUUCCCCGCAAAACGCGCCGCAUUUAGAGGAGCUGGUCCCCUGCACUAAAGGCCUCCCCACUAUCGAGAGCAGUGGCAGCGGGAGCGGCAGCGGUAGCGGUAACGGGUGCGGCAGCAGUAGGAGCAGGGAAAGGGGCAGCGGCGGUAAUAGGACCGUUAGUUUCUCGGAGCGGCACUCCGCGCUUCUUUCUCCCGCGGAUUCCCCGCGGGCGCGCGCAGGCGCCGCCGCGCCGCCGCUCUCCGCCAUGGGCAGGGCAAGCUCGGCAGCUGCGGGCGGCGCAUCGCGGGGCUCCCCCUCGUUCCCCCAUGAGCGGAGCGUUCUUCCGGAGCUCCCCGGGUUGGCGAAAAGGGCGCUGCUUGCGCAGGCGCAGGAGGGGACGGGCGCAAGUGGCGCGGGUGGAACCGUGGCAGGCGCAGGGGCGCCAGGCCUGUCCCGAACCUCGUCGGCUCGGCAGCUGUACGUUCAGAAAAUGCUGCUGGAUCUGGCGGCGCAGAGCGACGAAGCAAGCGAAGCAGGUUCGGGUUCCGGUUCGGGACACGCGAGUCCGUGUGUAGCGUCGGGGGGGGGAAGCGGGAAGGGGGGCGGGAGCGUGCUUUCUAGGCGCGGAGUACUGGGGCGGUCGGUUUCAGGCAAGGAGCACGCGGGGAGGCGCGCGGGGGCAACGGCGCAGGAAGGCGCGGAGGCGGCGCAAGUGCAACUCAACGCGGUCAGGCGCUCCGCUUCCGCGCGCUACCAGCCCGCCUCGCGGCUAUCCGUCGACUUGAGCGCAGCUGCCUCCGCGGGGCUGACUGGCGGAGAGAACGGCGGAGGGGGUUCCGCGGAGGGGAGAUCUCUGGGGCGCUCCGCAUCUGACAAGGCAAUGCAGGGGGGGGAUCAGGCGCGGAUGGUGGGCCUACCGUCGAUUUCUGGGGCGAUUUCUGGGGCGGGCGCAGCUGUGCGGGGGGGUACAUCUACAGUACUUGUGGAUCCGUUUGCCGGGGCUUAUAACAGGGAAGCUUGUGACGAGGAUGAGGAUGAUGAAGAUCUGUUUGAUAUUCUUGCUGCUAUGAGGAGCAUGCAGACGAGCCCUCAGUCUCCUAGCCCACUCUCCCCCCUCCACCCCUGCCCACCCCGCUCCCCAAUCCCCCUCUCCCCCUCCCCCGCCAACUCCCCCCACGGCCCCCCCCACCACACUUAUUCUCGCGAUCCCUCCCCUGCUCCCCGCGUUCCCCCCGUUCCUCGCCCUUCCUCUCCCCCUCCCCCUCCCCUCCUCCGCUCCCCUUCACCCGACUCCCGCUCCCCCUCCCCUUCUUCGCGCACCGCGCCCCAACCAAACCACCCAUCCUCCCUCUCGGUCUCUCACCCCAAUACCACUCCUGCACGAUCCGCUUCUCAGCUCUACUCGUCUGCCCCUGGCCCUUCUUACGAAUCCCCCCCUCGCUCCCCACCGCUUUCCCCCCUCGGAUCCUCCCCCGCCUCCUCCCCUCGCUCCCCGCCGCUCACGCCGCCUCGUAAUAUCCGCCGCCGCCGCUCGCUGCACAUCCCGUCCCGCUCCAUGCCGUCAGCUUUGGCUCGGCCGAACCGCCGCCAUUCCACAUGCGAGGAUCGUCCGCUGAACAUGACGCAUCCCGCCGCCCGCCAGCCUGGCAGUGGCAGUGGUGGUGCUGGUGGUGGCAGUGGUGGUGGUCCCUUUGCUGGUGGUGCCAGUUCCCGUGGCGCAUCUGCUGCUACUCGUGCGUUUGCGCAGUCGCGCAGUUUGAAUUCUAGCUCGUCUGCUGCCGCGGCGGCUGCUGCUGCCGUGAAAGCGGCUGCGGCUGCAAGGAGGGCGCAGGUUGGCAUGGGGGAAGGGAAGUUGGGUGGUGGUGGGGGAGCGAAGGCUGGAGGGCAUUUGGGUGGUGGCGGUUGUGGCAGUGGCAACUGUAAUGGUGGUGGUGAUGGCAGCGGUGGUGGUGAUGUGGGAGAUAGGGUGUUUAACAGAGCACGAACACAGCCAACAGAGCGGCCAUCUGCAGGCAGAGGGCGGUGA